UAGAUGUAUAUAAAGUGCGCUUGGCGAGGUUCUUGUGGUAUAGUUAACUAGUUGUCCGGCAGGAGGAGGAUUGUCUCUUUUAGCAUAUUACUUCGACAGUCAAGAUGCCACGUGUCAAAGGUGAGAAGGGCCAGUCGGCCAUCGACAAGGUGGUGACUCGAGAGUACACUAUCAACAUGCACAAGAGGUUGUAUGGAGUUUCCUUCAAGAGGAGGGCACCUCGAGCUAUUAAGGAAAUCCGCAAGUUUGCUAAGCAGCAAAUGAACACAGAGGAUGUUCGUGUUGACACCAGGUUGAACAAGCACAUUUGGUGCCGUGGUAUCAGGAACGUUCCUUUCCGGAUUCGUGUUCGUCUCUCGCGUCGUCGUAAUGAGGAUGAAGAUUCUACUCAGCCCUUCUAUACUCUAGUUACAUUUGUGCCCGUUGCUUCAUUCAAAGGACUCGGAACUGAAAAUGUUGAUGAAGGUUCUGAUGAUUGAACAAUGAAUCAAUAAAAAAUAUAUACAUA